UCCCGCUCAGUUUCAUCCAACACCUGAACCGUUUCCCAUAUUUCCUGAUAUCUCACGCUCCCCACACUCCAACCCACAGAAAGCAGUUCAAGGAGCUGGCAGCCAGUAACAGAGUCAUACUAAAGCAAACCGCAGAGAGACUGAGGCUGAAGGAAAGAUUGCUGCUUCAGGUGACCGAACGGCGAUGGAGACGCGCGGCGUGCGUGAUUAGGAAGCGUCGCCUCUGGGAGGACUGGUUCCACGGAUUAUAAAAGUGAAGAACCCGCAGCGCAGACUGGGACGGCCUUUGUUCGUUUCACUUAACGGAUUCAUUUUCGUUCCUCCUCAAAAACCAUGAAUGUUUCGCCCACAGAGCGGAGGAAAGACAUGCGGCAGCUGGCUUUGGAGAUUGGGAUCCGAGUUCUGCUCUUCGGAGUUUUUGCGUUUACAGAGUUCUUGGAGCCCUUUGAGAGAGUUAUCCAACCGGAGGAGCUUUGGCUCUACAGGAAUCCUCUGGUUGAGUCGGACCACAUUCCUAAAAGGGUUAUGUUUGCAAUUUCCUUCCUUACCCCACUGGCAGUGAUAUUCGUGGUGAAGAUAAUUCAGAGAACGGACAAGACGGAGAUCAAGGAGGCUUGUUUAGCUGUGUCUCUGGCACUCGCAUUAAAUGGAGUCUUCACAAAUACUAUCAAGCUGAUUGUUGGCAGACCAAGGCCAGAUUACUUCCAGCGCUGUUUCCCAGAUGGUCAAAUGAAUGCAAAGAUGCUGUGCACCGGCGAGCCGGAGAUGGUGUCUGAAGGACGUAAAAGCUUCCCCAGCAGCCAUUCCUCCUUUGCGUUCUCUGGACUCGGGUUCACCUCCUUCUACUUGGCCGGAAAGCUGCAGUGCUUCACAGAUGGUGGCCGGGGUCGCAGCUGGCGUCUUUGUGCCAUGGUUCUACCUCUUUACAGCGCCAUGAUGAUUGCACUGUCCAGGACUUGUGACUACAAACACCACUGGCAAGAUGCCUUUGUGGGAGGAGUGAUCGGGUUGCUGUUUGCUUACAUCAGCUACCGCCAGCACUACCCCCCCUUCCUGCACAUGGACUGCCACCUGCCUUACGCCAGCCUGGCUGCUGCCAACAGGGGGCCCCCGCCGGCCCAGGAUGACCCGCAGCCCGUCGACAACGCCACCACCCUGCCCAUGGAGGGCUUGACCGAGGGGCCAGUAUGACUAGUGGCCCCCACUGAGACAGCCUCCUCAACGCCCACCAAGCCGCCAAACCCAUCUCCCCAUUCCUAGACAAUGACUGAAUGACUGGCUCUAAUAUACAUUCCACUGGACAAAAAAACCCACUUCUACCAUUUCCAAACGUUGAUAAUUUGUCUUGGUGACAUCUACUUUUUUUUUUUUGUCUUGAUUUUGCGCAGCAGCCGUUAAAGUUUAUAUUUAGAUGUAAGAGAGGAAAGUCGAGAUGUGGAACAACUCCUCUGAGAAAGCAAAGAAAACAACAUGCUGCAAACCUGGGGAAACGUCGUGUUUAUGGCUGUGAGCGAUGAGUCAAAUAUUUCCACUUUCUGCAGAAAACCUUUGCCUAAUGAGAGGCGGGGUUUUAAUGUUUUAUGCUGCACUAGAUUGAUUUUUUUGGUGUUGAAGGGUUUGAUGUAAACAAUCAGUGAGGUAGUCUGAAUUCACAGCAACUAAACCAUAAAAUUACAUCAUUACCACAAACAGAUUAUAACGACUAGACUGAGAAAUGACAUGGCAGUACCAGGAAAACGGAGCUUUUGUCUUAAAACGCAAGGACUUUCAACUAACCUGCUCUGAUUUUUAUCAUUUUUGGUUGCCCAUAGCAACAUAAUGAUAAACAUAGAUCUGAUACAUCUCCGCAGAGGCAGUGGUACCUGUCAAAAUAAAGUUCAAUAUUCCAUUACUUCCCGCUCUCCUGGGCUCACAUGACCUGCACAUCCUCGCUCUUUUUAUUACCCAUCUUCCCUCUCCCUGUCCCUCUCUGUCACUCUCUCUUUCUCUCUCUCUAAACCAAAUCUUCUUUUUCAUACAAGCAGCAUUUAGCACAUGUUCACAGAGGUUGCACAGGGACAUGGACCCUCAAUGAGUGCAAUCAAUUACGAGCAGGUGGGAGUGGGCACGCAGAAGUGCGUCUCGAUAGGCACAAACUCCAAUCUGAUCCUGCAUUAAUCCUCAUUAAGUGAGGUCAGCCUCGGCUGCUUAUGAGGAUAUUAGGAGCGGGCGAGGCAGCUCGCUAACUCCCAGAGCUUGGCAAAUAGCUUUUAGCUCACUUCCCCCCUCCCCCCUACGCAUACACACACAUAGAUGAUCCAGCCUUAAGCACAAGCUGGGUGAUUUUGACAUAUUAUUCAACCAUUAUAGCUCCAUUAUUUGUUAACAUCCAGAAAGCUUGCUGAAGGAAGAUGACACCGAAGAUUUAAAGCUUUUUUUCCCUCCUCGGGACGCAGGCUUUAUCAGCGGAGAAGGCAUCUAACAAGAUUAUUGCCCCCUCCCCAACUUUUCCAUAUCAUCUACAAACCAAUUUGUCGCCUCUUGCGGGCUGUUAGAGAUGAUGGAUCACUUUGUUGCCUUGGUCACUGGCUGUUUUUUGACAUUGCGGUGACAUUGACGGGAAGGUGCAGUCUUAGUUCACCUCUAACCCAGCUUGGACCCAGAACACGCCUCAGAAAACCACAACAAAUAUAUUCAUCUUUGCAUAAUUGUUUUUUCAGCCAUCAUUGCACCAGUUUAUGACGCCUAUGUUUAUUUGUCAAUGAAAACUAAAGAAGUCUUAUCAAAGUUUGGCAUAAUACUGCAUAUAUAAGAUAAAAUGUUAUUAGUCAUAUCAAACUACAUCUGAAAAAAACUUCUAUUUGCAUAUUACAGACAGCAUCUGUGUUAUUAUUUAUUCCAUGUAGAUGUAUCUCAAUCUGUAGAAAUUUUCUGAAAAAGUUUAAUUGUUUAUGGAAGUUGGUAGAAAUUUUUUUUUGUCAUAUAGAUUAAUCACGAAGAAGAAUAUUUUUGAAAGUUGAAUUUCUGUUAAUUUUGACCAAAUAAUACAAAUUUUGAUACAGAAGAGUUAUUUCAUGGUUAUGUUGUUGCUGUGGUAACCAUAGUGAAGAAUACUGAUUUGAAAAGCAGAGAGGUACUGACACUAAGAGUAAGCUGUGAAGAGUGUUUUAUCUAUGUAACUAUAUUAAUGGAAAGUUAGGUGGUAGGAAAAAGUGUGGUAAAAGCAUUAGAAAAGCUAGGGAGCUUCAAACCUUACAGAGACUUAUCCAAGACAUGGCAUUACCAGCCAGUACUUGUUAAAUCAUUUUUCAACAAGAGACAAUGUCAGAAAACUCCUGGAAAAACACUCCAAAGCAAAGUCUUCGAGGUUGUAGGAAGAGUCCGGCGUGAAGUUUCCUCUGGCGGUGAUAAUUUGAAGUCCCAACUCAGCUAUUAGUGUUGGUCCUCUGAGCUUUAUGAUGCCCAAAGUCUGUCUGUGGUUUACAUUGAUAUUUUAGUGUCAUGUUCCCAUCUGCUGGCAAGCUUUAUGGAGAAGCUAGUUUUAUUCCUAAGAAGGAUUUAGCUCCUGUCAACACUGCCAAAAGUUUUAGUAGCUGCAUUACGGUAGCAUCACUGUGAUCCCUGGUGUGGCCAGCAAAUCUUCCCCACCGCAAACCUGAGGAGCAUCAUGAAAUAAGCCAGGAUGUGCAGAUGACCUGAAGGCUGCUGCCAUGGCAACCGGGGUUUCCUGAACUGCUCAAAUCUAAAAAAUAAUCAAUUUGUGUUAUCAAAGAUGAAAUAUAUAAAUGCAAAUUAAUCUGGCAGUUCAACUUCUUUAGAUUAACUUGCUGGAAAAAAUCUUUCCAAUGCAUUUGUCUUAAUAAGAGAUAAAAACUAUGAAUAACUGAGUCAAAGUUUGUCUCCAAGCUGCUAGCGUUCUUCUCUCCAUUUCUACCUCAUCACAUGAAACCUGCUGUCUAUAUACAGACAUGUAAUCAAACACUUUUGUUUUUCCUUGGUUGUAAAAGCUUGAACCUUCAGUUCUCAUACCCUUUUUACAGGUUUUAAGCUGGUAACUACAUGUGUACAAAAUGAUAAUAGAUUCUUACAAAGUUUACCCAAUUGUGGAAAACAUCACACACACAAAACCGAAAUAUCACCUGAACAAAAGACAGAAAGCAAAGUUAGUACAAUACAAUGUAAAAAAAAUCUUACAAUAAAGGAAGCUUGAAGGAAAAUGUCUUUAAAAUAAAUUAAGGCUUUCAAGUUUAUGUAGAAAAUACAGACAUUUUCUUUGUUGGAGUUACAACAAUGAGGCAGCUGAGCUCUUGUUGAGUUUUGUGUCUGCAGAGUUUGGUUUGAGCAUCUGAGGGAUCGGGUAGGAGUGUAUGACAGGAGUCGCACACACACCAAGGAGUGAUGCUAGGAGUCGCACACACCAAGGAGUGAUGCUAGGAGUCGCACACACCAAGGAGUGAUGCUAGGAGUCGCACACACCAAGGAGUGAUGCUAGGAGUCACACACACCAAGGAGUGAUGCUAGGAGUCGCACACACCAAGGAGUGAUGCUAGGAGGCACACACACCAAGGAGUGAUGCUAGGAGUCACACACACCAAGGAGUGAUGCUAGGAGGCACACACACCAAGGAGUGAUGCUAGGAGUCACACACACCAAGGAGUGAUGCUAGGAGUCACACACACCAAGGAGUGAUGCUGGAGCUUCUGCUGCUUCUAAUUAUGAGUCUUGCUGCUGAGCUUUGGACCAACUCAAGGUCAUCAGAGACUUUUUAUGGAUACAUGUGAAAAAUGCACAACCGGGUCUAUGGGGAAGGUUUGGACCCUCACUCCAUCUUUUGAUGUCUCGGUGCAAUGAGCUGCUGCUUUUAGGCUGUUUAUUAAAACAGUCCCAGUUUUAUCUACAAGCCCAGAAGAGACUGAAGCUCUACAUGACAUGUCAUCACUCAUGAUCGUCUUUACUUCCUGUGUGAUUUGUUGUCUGUGGGUGCUUUUAAAAUGACUUAUCUAAUUUGAAAAGAAAUGAUUAUGAUUUAUUCACGUCUCAUGCUUUCAAUAUUUAUGGGCUUGGGGUGUGAGAAUAUGAUAAUUUUUGCCCUUUAACUGUAAUUUGGGACAGAUUGAUGGUGGAGUGUGAAUCAAAACAAGCGUGCCUGUUUAAAUGAUUUUAUGAACCUUUUGCUACAUUAAGGUUUCUACUAUUAAGCCUCUAUCACGUAUGCAAUCCACUGGCAGCAUUUAACUGCAACUGUGUGUGUGCAGAAAGGGUUUCCACUGUGAUGCAAUUUACAAAAUGAAACCUAAUGCAGAAAGAAGAGCAGAUUGUGAAUGGUGCUCGACUCUGAGAGAACUCAUGUAACUUCAAUGGCACUUUUACCAACUUCAACUUUCAGCCUGAAGAUCUGAAGAUCUGUUCCUUCAGAGGAAAAUCUCCACCUAAAACGCUGGAACAGACGCAUCAGUCUAAAAUGUGGACUUUGUCAGGUAGUUUGGGGUUUAGGUGAUGCAGUAUUUAUCGCUGAAAAAAAAAGGGAUUCAAUCUGUUUGUUUCACUUCAAAUGAUUUGAUUCUAUUAUUUAUGAUCGAUUCUAUGUUCAGCUUUAAUUUGGUGCUAUAGAUACUUUUGUAGCAGUGUGUGUCACUUGUUUGAGAUGUUGGAUGUGUCAUUUUGACAUGUAAGAUCAGUCAUUUUCUACUAAGAACGAACAAAAGAAUCUUUAUUUUACAUUAUAUGCUACCAGUGUUUUUAGCAGUGUACGCUGUGAUUUCUCUGUCAGUUGCAUUGCCUAUACAAUGAAAGGAUAAAAGUAUCUAAAACAUAUUAAAGAAUCAUUUAAAAGUACUUUAUGAUGAUUAUAUGUGUGAAGAAGUGUUUAAAAUGGUUUAUGGCAUGCCGGUUUCAUUUGUGAGAAAAGAUUUUUCUAUGAGUAAGCAUGUCAGGCCUUGAGAACUGUGUUUUGCUGUUUGUAUACUUUACGUACAAUAAAGGACUGCAGAUGU